CACUUUUAUUCCUAAAUAGUGUGAACCUGACCAAAUACAUUUAAAUGUUAGGCAGUCAAUUGAGAAGAAGAAGAAGAAGGAAGUCACUUAUUCUUAUUGGAGUUUGGAGUUGAUGAUGCAGUUGAUGGUCAAUGAGCCAAGGAAUUUGCAAGAGACCCAAUUGAGACGUAGGAGGUUGUUGCGCUAUCAUACCGGCUAUGUUAGACCGUGGAUAGAAGCUACAGCUGACCAAGAAAUUUUCUUCGAGGAUGUUGGUUCACUCGUACGUUCUUCCGCAGAAGGCUUCCACCUCAUCUUGGACAUUCAACAGUUUAUGACGAAUGCGAACAUCACCGUGAGAGUUAUUAAACCCAAUGCCUUUACCGUAGAAGCAGAGUAUCAAGAAAAUGAAGGUACUCAUGGAGCAGUGUAUCGUCAAAUGAUCAGAAGAUAUGUCGUGUCCAAUAAAUGUAAUUUGGCUACGUUAAGAACAGUUAUUACCAAAGACAGAGUAUUAAUAGUUAAUAUUUGGAAGACGGAAAUCCGAAGAAAAGCGAUGCCUCGUAUUGUUCAACCUGAUUUGUUACCAGAAGACUUUAGAAUGAUACUAGACGAACUUAAUCAAGGAAAAUUAACCUGAUGCUCCUUGAAGAAAAUAGUAAAUGGCAAAAAUUUCCUGUUAGUCUUUUAAAAAAACUGAUUCACUACAGUGAUAUUAUUUCAAACCAUAUACCUACUUUUUUUAAUACAAAUAUGUAAUUAUCU